CUUCCAUAUUAUAAUUCCAAAUGCACCAUUCUAAUGUUUACUUAUUAACAUUUAAGAAAAGCCUGUUUGGUGACCCGAUUUUCAAUCCGCCAUCAACAUAGAAUCCAAGCUCAUUGAACACCUCUUUGGCUAGCUAGGCUGGGCCUCACAAUCUCUUGAUUGAUAAGUUGAUAAGUUUGGUUCCUCUCAUUCUUUCCCUUUGCAAAAACCUCUCUAGCUAAUACCAACCCAAGAUGAAGGUCUUCAACAUUUUCAAAUCCAAGUACACCACGGCAGUUUUGUCAGGAAAGCAGAAGAAUCUGGACGUUUCCAGUUCUUUGACCGAGGCCAGUGAUGGCUCCGAUCGCCCACACGGCAAGCCCUCCAAGCAAAAGAAGAGGCAUAGCAGCAAGAGAUCCUCCUCCAAGUCCAACAAUAAGGUUGACAACAACAAGAUCAAAGAACAUGACCAGAAAGAAGGGCGCACUGCGAAUGAAAAGGUGAUUGAUGCCCUCUUGGCCGGUUGGAAUGGCACUCCCACCAUUGAAGAGAACCUGAGCCAUUUUGCAUCUCCCGAUGUUGUCAUCAAGUUUGAAGACAUGCCCAGCAUCACGGCUCGCAUCAUGGCCGUCGAAAUGGACAAAUGCUACAAGAGUUUCCCCAAUCUCCACUUUCACUAUGAAUCUGUCAAGGAGGUUCGACCAGGACAUGUCUUGGUGGAAGAUCUUCAAGUGAGCGGUACUCAUACCGGAGAACCUUUUGCUUUUGCCCACUUUCCCGCCAUUCCAACAUCCAACAAGCACUUGGUGAAUGAUCACGAACGAUUGUGGUUUACUGUCAAUAAGGAGGGAAAGAUUGUCUUGCAAGAAGCCAUUGCGUUGGGAUCCGUCACGGGUAUUGCCGGCUUUUACAUGCAGUUGGGUGGAAAGAUGGACAUGCCGCCACCACCACCUACACAGACGAGGAAGCAGAGUGGCGGUCUUCGGAAGAUCAAGCAGAGUAAAAGGUGGAGAUCGGUUCUUGUGGCUGCCUGGCUUGCCUUGCUAUCCAGCUAGCUAGGUAGUUCGUUUGGUUUGUUGUUGCAUGACUUUUAGUAAUAUUAGGUACAUUUGUUCUUU